UGUACGGAGUGAAUGCAGCGUUUCGACGUCUAUGCUGCCGACAGCGGGAGGCACGAAGUAGUUUCUAGCCUUUUCUUCUAGCACUUUAAACCGUUGGCUUCACCUGUACAACUGUCAAAUUAUUCAGGGAUAUAGUAGCGGACUUCGUCUGUGUAAACUUCGAUUUUUAAUAAUGCCCCGAGGCGGGAAAAAGGGCCACAAGGGCCGAGGAAAACAGUUCAGCAACCCUGAGGAGAUUGACCGACAGAUGAGAGCGCAGAGAGAGCUGGAAGAAAAAGCCGGCGCAGAAAAAGAGAGCUCUUCAGAGUCGGAGGAAGAGAGCAGCAGUGAUGAGGAGUCUGAUUCCAGAAAGAGGAGUGGAGUGGAGGGGCUUAUAGAGAUCGAGAAUCCAAACCGUGUGUCUCAGAAGAGCAAGAAAGUGACUGAGGUAGAUGUCAGUGCUCCCAGAGAGCUGAGUCGCAGAGAGAGAGAGGAGAUAGAGAAGCAGAAGUCAAAGGAGCGCUACAUGAAGCUCCAUCUUGAGGGCAAGACUGAGCAGGCCAGGGCUGACCUAGCCAGACUGGCCAUCAUCAAGAAACAGAGGGAGGAAGCCGCCAAGAAGAGAGAAGAACUCAGGAAAGAAAAAGAAGCCGAAGAAGCCAAAGCAAAACGUUAGUCCUCCACCUGAAAGCUUCGUCAUGCACUUCAGUCUCAGAGGGAUGGAGAGAGAAGGAGAUCAGGAGGAGGAGGAGGAGGAGGAGGAGAACGGGGGAGGGGGACCGAUACAAGUGGUGUCAGAUCAGGGGGGUGCUCCUGAACUCCUGUCCCUCAUUUCAGAUCUGAGGGGUGUGGGUCUUCCAUGACAGUGUGGUCAGGACAGGGAAAAACGGGUGGAGCAAACAAGAUGGAAGAGGAAUGCAACAUUUGGGAUGCCUCUAGUUUUCUUUAAAAUUCUUUUCAAGAGGAGACAAUCGCAGGUUUUCCAAGUGCUUCACUGCCUCUUUACUCUUCCCCACCCACCAGGGUUUUAAUUCUAAAGCUGCUGACGUUAUUUCCAUUCCUUUUGAUUCAUACAUUUUUACAAGAUUACCUAACACAAGUUUACUUAAUGACUGGACAGGUAUUACAGUGAGCGUGCAUGAGGAUUUCUUUGGUGCUUUACUUUUCCUUCCAUCUCACCUGUUUUGUAAGAACGCAAGUCAGCGAGAGAUGGAGAAAAGAACACUAUUCAGAGAAUAUAUAGGAAAUAUACUGUGUAGUUAUAUAUUUUGUUUUGGAUCAGAAACGGCAUGCUGCACCUUCAUGAUGCAGUGGUAUAAUUUUCAUCAGAACAUGACCCAAAUUAUUCAGCUAUUCCUACGAGCUUUAUUUUUGUCCCAGUGUUGGUUUUGCGUUGGUUUGAGCCCCUUUUUCAUUUGGCAAUUUACAGAGUUGGAAGAAUUUGCUGUCCUAUUUACCACAAUGCAUUUAGAAAGUAGUAAAAAGUUUUUUUUGUUUUUUUUUUUGUUUUGUAAUCCUUUGCUCAGAGCACCAGGAAAAUGACUUGAAUUGCCUAUAAUUAGCAGUUUUUAAGUUGUUAAACAUCAGUGCUGGAAAGCAUUGUCUCAAACUGCCUCAGUGACUGUGCUGUUUCUGAUAGGAUCUUCUGUGGUUCUGCAGAAGGGAUUGCGUCUUCUGUUGCCUUUUUAAAAGUUUACACAAGACCAGUCCACGGUCUUUUCUGUAAUUAAAGCACUGCAAAUAACCCAUGCUGAGUUAGUUUAUUAGGUAUACUACAUCAGCACCACUAAUAACAGACUCCAAGGUGAUCGCACUCAACCCCUCUCUGACUGAAAGUUUGUACACUUAACACAGACAGGAUUUACUGCAGGGCAUUUUAAUUGUUUAGACCGCACAGGUGUACAUAAUAAACUGGUAAUUCAGCAUGUGGUGAAUUUGGAAAUGCCUUGAUCAGGAAAACCCUAUUCCCUAUAAUAUGGAGGUAGCUUGAAGAACAAACAGUUGAAACCGGACAGUGUGCGAAAUGUAGCCACAGCAUAAAAAUGAAUGCCACCAGUUUUCCAUCAUGUAUUUGAAGUCAUUUUUAAAAAUAAAUUCAUUGAUAAAUAACUGAUAAA